GCGGGAGCGCGCACGUCGCUGUCACUGAGUUGGUUGUUGGAAAUGCGGACACGGCGGGAUGUCAGCAGGGCCGUGUUUAUCUCUUCCAGCGAUGCUGCCCGGUUCACAUUUCAGGGAGGUUUCCUGACUUUUUUAAAACGCACCGCACUAGUGUACUCAAUGCCAGCAGUGCUACGGAUCUGUUUCCUCGCGGAUGAGUGGGCACGCAGUGCGGAGCGGCAGUGUUUAGCUAACACCGUUAACAGUUAGCCCAGCGGCACACUCAGACUCCCAGCCCCAGCAUUUUCGGGUUUAUCUUUAGGACUUUUCAACCGGCCCAGCGGCUUACCAGCGGCCUGCCUCGCUCCCGCCUUUACAUCCGUUCAGCGGCGGCGGCGGGGGGGGUCACGGUAACCGGAGCAGACAGGAACCCCCCCGGGACAGACAGCUGCGGCUGUAUCAGUGAGGAGCAGCUAUGGCUGAAAUCACCGCCCUCACUCCCUCCCCUCCCAGUAUGGCCGACCAAUCAGUGCCUGCUUCCUCCAGCCCACAGCCUCUCCCCUCAGAAACUCCCAUCCCAAAAUCAUCUCUCUAUGGGGACCGAGCCAUGAUGGGAAACCCAACAUUACUGACGAGUGGGGAAAACUCCUCUUCUUGGGAAAGCACACCUGGCCAAAACAGUGCCGCUCUGUCUUCAACAGCAACAGAGAGCGCCUCUGGUGCGCCGGUAGAGCUACCAGCUGCUACAGAUGGAGAGACUAAUGGGAAAAAUGAUUUAGUUGGCCAAACGGAGCGGCACACUGAAGCACAGGAGCAACAGAUGUCGCCGUCGCCUGAACUUAAUCCCAGUCCUAAUCUCUAUCCCAACGUUCAAGUUAACCAGACUUCCAGUCCUGCUCCCUCUGUGGACAUUCCUCCUCAGUUUACACCUCCUGUUCCCGUCUCCAACCCGGCCCCCUCUUCACAAGACUCCAGGCAAACAGAAGCACAAACGGUCCCCCAGCCCGAGCCUGCCCAGAACCCCGAACCCAACACUCCCAGCACCGCCAAGAUGACCCCUGAGCCCCCCUGCACACCUUCCAAGACUGAGCCCCCAGCAGUGCUGGUGCAGGAGUCAAGUGGGUCCUUGGUUCUGCCCUUCGCUUACUCGCGACCAGCCCCGGACACGCUCAGCUACCUGGAGUCGGCCAGCCUAAUGUCUGGCACGCUGGAGUCUCUGUCGGGCCUCGGCGAGGAUGGUAGCUCGGUGGGGUCAGACUCGGAGAUCAACGGUCCAGUGAGGCGUACUGAUAAAUACGGCUUCUUGGGGGGAGCGCAGUACAGUGAGGGCAGUGAGGCGGAGCUCGCUGUGGCCGUGGCGAGGCAGAGAGAGAUGAAAUGGUUGGACAUGUUCAGAAAUUGGGACAAAUGGGCAUCUCGCCGCUUUCAAAAGGUGAAAAUGCGCUGCAGGAAAGGAAUCCCCUCCUCACUCAGAGCUAAAGCCUGGCAGCUGCUCUCCAACAGCCAGGAGCUCCUUGAGUCCAAUCCUGGAAAGUUUGAUGAGUUGGAGCAAGAGCAGGGAGAUCCGAAGUGGUUGGACAUCAUAGAGAAAGACUUGCACAGGCAGUUCCCAUUCCACGAGAUGUUUGCUGCUCGGGGAGGACAUGGGGUGGGUCUGGUGCUCCUCAAGCAGAUGUUGGGGUCUGUGGAUAAGCUCCGUGAGCUGCAGGGCAUGUAUGAGACCAUGGAGCGACUGAGAAACAUUCCUCCUGAGAAUAUCAUGGAGGAAGUUUUGGUGCAAGAGCACGCGUCCAGCGCGCAGAUGCUCCAGCCGUCGCCUAAAGUUGUCUCUGAGCACAUCACCCCCACAAUCCCAUCGCCCACCGCAAACAACGCCCCAUUACCACCUUGCCCGGAAACCGCAAAAACGGCAGUGGAGGAAGAUGGAAAAAAGAAAAAGAAAACCAAGGAGGACAAGAAGCGAGAGAAAGAGGAGGAGAAGCAAAAAUCACAGGAGAAGAAAGAGAAGGAGAAAACCGAUAAAGAAAGGAUGAAGAAGAAGGAGAAAGCUGAGAAAGAGAAGAAAAAGGAGAAGGGGGGUAAGAAAAAAGACAAAGGGGGAGGAGGAGAGACUGAGGAGAAGAACGGAGCCACAGCAGCAAAAGAUUUGGCCUAAUUCCUGCCCCGUCAUUCCUUCAGCAAGAAUAAAAGCAUGAGAAUAGUGGAAAAAAGAGGACAAGGAAUCAAAAAGGCUGAUGACUGGUGAAAAGAGUGUGAUAGAGAGAGCGAGAGAGAGCGAGAGCGAAUCGCCUGGAAUGUCCAUUUCAUCUCAAGUACUCAUUUCACAAGGAUAACUGGAUCACUGCAUCUGCCCCACGACCUUCAUCAUCUCGUCUGCACUGUCCUUUUACCCAAUGUCAAAACAGGAAGUAGUUAUUACUCUGCCUUUUGUUUUUGUUUUUUGAAGGUGGAGAUAUCUGAUUGAUGAGAUCAGCUGUAUAAUUAGUAGUCAAUUCUAGUAUACUGGGUGCCAUGGUGUACAUAGACCUCUAGCGCCAUCUGUGCCAGUCCAGCCCCACAACCCCCCUCUGUCCAUCACCCGAGAGCUGUCUCAACCAGAAUACCUGAAUAAAACUGUUCUGUGAUGAGGAAAGCGCAGCGGUGGCUAGUCAUAACUUAUCUGUGAGUGCUCUGGAGGACCUAUUUAUUCAUUGUACUGUUGAUUAUUAGUGUGUGUUUGUGUGUUCUUGUAUAUCUGUGCCUUGGCAGUGUAGUGAAUCGUGUCACAGUGUCGUGCUGCAGACCGGUCUCGUCUUUCUUCUCUCUUUUCAGUCUCUCAAAGGAGCUCGUCUUUACAGGUGCGCUCUCGUAAGAGGAACUGAUAAGUGUUGGGGGGACUGGAGGAGCUAAAUUGAACUGGGGGGAAAGGUACGUUCUCCUUUAAAACAGUGGAGAGAGCCACUUUUAACUGUCUAUUUAAAAUAAAAAAGGUUUGAAUAUCCAAGUUAACAUAAUUACUAAAAGGAAAUUAAAACUCUUUAUGAUUAGUGUACCUGUCUAUCUCUGCUCAAAGACUCUCAAUCUGUCAUUACAUCAGACUCACCAAAAAUUCCCUUUUGACGCCCAAGAGCUUAUUUGAUUUCUUCUUUUUCGAACAAAUUGCAUCACAUAAACGUUAAAGUCUGCCAAGCGUGUCAGUCACUCCAGAUAUCUGUGUGGUUUGAUGUUAAUUAUCUCGAUGUUGAUAUGGAUGUAGAGUUCAGACUAGAAUUUUAAUAAAUUUAUGCACUUGAGGCCUGUUGAUUUUCACCACUAACCUUGAUCGGUUUGUUAAUGCAGGGCACUCUAAUCCAGCUCACAUGACUCCUGAAGUCUGCGCCUUGUUGUACGGGAAGGGUUUGGUGCAGCACUGUAGCAUUAACCUUUGACCUUUGAAGCUCUUGGCUUCAGGCUGUAAUGUUUUGAUGUAUAAACUAUUAAUUUAAUCGGAUGAAACCAUAUACUAUCUAUUACAGCUAUUAUUAGUCUCCUAUUGGAUUAGAUUUUUUAUUUUUCUAUGCAAGUAUGCAGAGGCCUGGUAGACUGGAAUGGCAGUGAGCUUGGUUUUAGGAGAGCGAUUUAUUUAAUCACAGGAUUGAUUUUUAUUUUA